GCUCAUUUCGCAAGCUUUGAAAAAUCGAGUGGAAACCUCUGUUCCGUUCCAGCUUGCCAACAAGCAACACGCACAUUGCUAUCGCCAGCAUUCUAUGGCAGCUCCUCUGCUUCUAAGGAGCAUUCCAUACCUCCGCCUCCGACUCCACCACCAGCACCAGGACCAGCACCGGAUAUCCGGUAGUUUAUUCGCGACUCCUUGCCGACUCUGGUGCACUGCUGCCGCACCGACUGGGUCCCACGAGAAUUUAUCUCCUACGGACAGCGCCACCGUAGAUUGGAGCGCCGCGGACCUUCCCAAGAACGCUCGGUGCGAGGACACCGACUACCGCAAGUGGAAAGUCGAGAUCCUCAGAGACAUCGAACCCAUUACUUCUCUCGCCAAAGAUAUUCUCCACUCCGGCAGGUACAUAGAUGGGGAACAUCUAACAGCCGAAGAUAAGAAAAUUGUGGUAGAUAAGCUUCUUGCUUAUCAUCCACAUUCUGAAGAUAAAAUUGGUAGUGGACUUGACUCUAUUAUGGCUUUUUAAAGAGUCGUUGCUCCCUCAAGCAUUGUUGGAUAACCAUAGCCUGAGGAAGGCAAGACAGGUGAUUGAAUUAUGAACUAAGGUAUCAGGAAGUUGUACUAAAAACUUGGUGAAAAACAAUAUUUAUUUCUGUUCUCUAGUAUUAGUAAAAGUAAUAAAUUAUGCCAUCGAUCUGUAUACCAUAAAAUCAAAACUAUCCACUUUUUGCAAUGAAAAAAUGAAAAUCUAAACCAUAAAUGUGCUGUCCACCUGAUGGCUUAACCCAACCCUCUCUUUCAUUGCCAGGGAGGGACAUAAUGGUGUUAUGAUUGGGUGUUGUAAGCAUUUGGUUGUUGUUUGUCAUAUAUUGGUAGCGUUAACAUUUAAUAAGGACAAGCUUUUCCAUUAUAUGGGUCAUACUUGUUAUUUGAUUAACUUUGUUCAUAACUCAUAAAUAAAUAAAUAAAUAAAUAAAUAACCGCAACAUGAGAUUCAUUAAAACUGAUUCAAAAAAGAAAGAAAAUCCUCCCCAAAAUGCAUUGGUAUUGGGAGUUCCAUGCAUAUAUUUAUUCUCAGCGUUAUUUUGUUGCGUUUACUUCAAAAAGAAAAUG